AAGAAGUGCGCGUGCUCCGGGCGCGAGAAUGUAGCCAAGUAGCGACGUGAUGACGUCACACCCCAUGUUUGAGCCGCGGCUUGUGUUAGCUAGUGGCUAGCUAGUGGCUAAAACGGCACAAACGUGGGUAAUUUACCGCAGAGUUUAAAUAUUUAUUGAAAGAGGAGCUUGGAUGAUUCAGCAGCUAAUGUCUGGUCGCUAGCCGACGAACUAACUGUGCCGUGGAGACGUUUGAUCUAACCGGUCAACAUGGCGACGGACGUCAGCUCACCGCAGCGGUUUUUCCACAUGCCCCGCUUCCAGCAUCAAGCGCCGCGGCAGUUGUUCUACAAGCGACCAGACUUUGCUCAACAGCAAGCAAUGCAGCAGCUCACCUUCGAUGGAAAACGCAUGAGGAAGGCUGUCAACCGCAAAACCAUCGACUACAACCCUUCGGUCAUCAGAUACCUGCAGAAUCGUCAGUGGCAACGAGAUCACCGUGACCUACGAGCCAUUCAGCCUGAUGCCGGCUGCUACAACGACUUGGUUCCUCCCAUCGGAAUGAUGAACAAUCCAAUGAAUGCUGUGACCACAAAGUUUGUGCGCACGUCCACCAACAAAGUCAAAUGUCCUGUCUUUGUCAUCCGGUGGACUCCUGAGGGGCGUCGUCUGGUCACGGGAGCGUCCAGCGGCGAGUUUACGCUAUGGAACGGACUGACAUUCAACUUUGAGACCAUUUUACAGGCUCACGACAGUCCGGUGCGUGCCAUGACAUGGUCCCACAACGACAUGUGGAUGCUGACGGCGGACCAUGGCGGCUAUGUGAAGUACUGGCAGUCCAACAUGAACAACGUGAAGAUGUUCCAGGCUCACAAGGAGGCCGUUAGAGAAGCCAGCUUUUCGCCCACUGAUAGUAAAUUUGCCACCUGCUCAGAUGACGGCACUGUUCGGAUUUGGGACUUUCAGCGCUGCCAUGAGGAGCGCAUCCUUCGAGGUCAUGGUGCUGAUGUGAAGUGUGUGGACUGGCACCCCACUAAAGGUCUGGUGGUGUCUGGCAGCAAAGACAGUCAGCAGCCAAUCAAAUUCUGGGACCCAAAAACUGGACAGAGUCUUGCAACAUUACACGCCCACAAAAACACGGUGAUGGAGGUCAAGUGGAACACAAACGGAAACUGGCUGCUUACUGCCUCGCGUGACCACCUUUGUAAACUGUUUGACAUCAGGAACCUGAAGGAAGAACUCCAGGUGUUCCGGGGUCAUAAAAAAGAAGCAACAGCGGUGGCGUGGCAUCCCAUCCAUGAAGGCCUGUUUGCUAGCGGAGGUUCUGAUGGUUCUUUGCUUUUCUGGCACACAGGAGUGGAGAAGGAGGUGGGAGGCAUGGAGAUGGCUCAUGAGGGAAUGAUCUGGAGUCUGGCCUGGCACCCGCUAGGUCACAUUUUGUGCUCUGGCUCCAAUGACCACACCAGUAAAUUUUGGACAAGGAAUCGUCCCGGUGACAAGAUGAGGGACCGUUAUAACCUCAACCUGCUACCUGGAAUGUCAGAAGAUGGCGUGGAAUACGAUGACAUGGACUCAAACAGCAUUGCUGCCAUCCCUGGAAUGGGCAUCCCUGAGCAGCUGAAGGCCGCCAUGGAGCAGGAGCAGAGUCAUAAGGAGGCAGGGCCAGAGGAGAUGUCCAUCCCAGGACUGGACUGGGGCAUGGAUGAGGUUAUGGGAAAAGACAACAAGAAGGUCCCCCAAAAGAAAGUCCCCUACGCCAAACCCAUCCCAGCCCAGUUCCAACAGGCCUGGGCUGAGAAUAAAGUUCCCAUGAUGCCCCCUGCUGGAGACAGUCCCAAAGAGCGCAAAGUGGAGCAGAAAUUGGAAAUGAAGAAGAAAACACAGACGGAGAUGGAGCAGGAGAUAGCAUCUUUCCAGUACACCAACCCCUUGCUGAUGGAGCAGCUGAAGAUGGACCGCAUGAUGGGUACCGAAGGGAACAACCAGAGCAAAGGCCAUGUGGGCCCCUUCCCUGGUCAACAGAACUUCCCUCGACCCCAGCAGAUGUCCAACAGCAUGGGGACUCCCAUGGGCUCUGGAGGCAUGCAACCUUCUUUCAUGGCCCCUGGUCAGAUGGGGGCUCCCUCUGGGCCACCUCAGGGCAUGAUGGGACCUGUAGACAUGCAAAGACAUCCUGCACCCACCAGGAACUUGGGCCCUCAAGGACAUCACAGCAUGGGUCCUGGACCUAGAGGAAUGCAGGGUCCCCACGGGGGAAUGACAGGGCCACCCGCUAGAGGAAUGGGUCCCCGAGACCUACAGGGGGCUCCGCCUCAGGGGGGAAUUAUGGGGCCCCCAUCCAGGACACAUGGCAACAUGCCAAACAACUAUGGGAUGAGUAACAUGCAGGCUACCCCGGGUGGGAUGCAUGGGCCCCCGGGGAACAUGCAGGGCCCCCCGUACAUGCAGCAUCAGACUCAGACCUCGGCACCUGUGAUGCAUGGGAGGGGCCAACAGGGCCCCAACAACAAAGACCCUCGGGGGCCAUCACCAAACCACCUCAUGGGGCCUCCGGAACGUCAAGGCGCCGGGGGGCCCGACCAGGGACAUUACUGGGGGGAAAAUCAGCAAGGCCGACACGGGGCGCAGGACUUUGACGUGAACCAGAAGUUCCAUGGACGAGGAGAGGAGGGAUGGAGACACGGACCCGCCUACCAGGGAGGUGGGGGGCACCUCAGCGGGAGCGGUCACCGAGGAGGUAGCGGCGGUAACUGGGGCACCGAUGACAGGCCCCCCCGAGACUCAGGAGAGUUCAGAGGGCGACGAGAUGACAGAUUUAGAGGCGGUUCAGGUCGACCUGGAGGUCGAGGUUACCAGGAUGAGUACGGGAGCAAGGAGGAAGGCUUUGAUGGCUCUGAAGACGUGAGAAGCUGGGACACCGGAAGCCGGGGAAGACCACGAGGCGGCGGACCCCCCAGAGGGGGUCACGAUGGCUAUCGUGAUGGUCCCCAGUUGCAUGAUGGGACGUCCCCUGUGGGCCGUGAGCGCUCUUUGUCUCUCCAGGGGAUGGACAUGGCAUCUCUGCCGCCACGAAAAAGACCAUGGCAGGACGGCCCGGGAACUGCAGACCCUCGAGAGCGAGAGUUGCCCGCCGCCGACACAGGACGACCUCCUCAGAGGGACGAAGGUGGUUAUGGUCCACCGGGGAGAGGAGGACGGGGUGGGUGGGGUCCAGCGCUAAGGAGAGGAGCCCCUCCACCAAGAGGUGUGAUGCGGGGUGGUGGUCGGGGCCGGUAGUCCCGGACUUUGCCCCUUUUCCCUUGAUGUGACUGUCAAAGUGCUGCUGUGAAUCAGCUGAGUGAAAGCAGGCCACGUGACACUGGUCAUGUGACUGGUCAGUAUCUUCAGCCGUCAAAGUCUCCACUUUCCUUGUUGCUUUUUUGUAAUAAAUGUUUUCAUGAUGUAAUAAACAUUCACACUUCAAAUGUCAA